AAUAACUACAACAACAAUUAGGGUUUUUUUAACCCUCUUUCUCUUGAUUUUACUCCCUCCAUCGACAAAAUUUUCUCUAUACACUUCUGCAAUCACCGGUCGCCUUCUAGCCGAUCGGUUUGAAUUGAAUUAAAACACUCACAUUUAUCCUUAAUUUAUCAAUUUCAGUUCUCAAUACUUCUUCUUGUGUUUGUUAUAGAUUUUGGGUUGAUUCGGGUCCUUUUCUUGAUACAUCGGGUGUUAUUUUGUGUGAUUUGUGAGCGACGAUGAUAAGGGUUCAGUGGUUCUUCGAUCGUCGUUGAUCGUUGGAUACGAAAGGGGGUUUGGGGUUUUGUAUGGAAACUCGUAGCCGGAAGAGGGCGGAGGCCACCUCAUCAGCCCAUUCUUCAUCAUCAUCCGGCGGACCUUUCACACGUUCCAACAAACGCACUCGUCUCUCUACUACUACCUCCUCCUCCGCCUCAGCCGCAGCAGCUUCCAACGUUGUCGUUCAAUCGGUUUCUACUCGUUCACGCGCUACUAACAUGGAAAAUUCCACCAACGAAUCGUCCGGGUCUGGGUCGGGUCGUGGCCGUCGCAAUAGGAAGAGUAAUAACCAGAAUAUGGUAUCGGAUAGGGAUAAUUCGGAAAAAGGGAAAGAGAAAGAACAUGAAGUUAGGGUUAAGGAUAGAGAUAAUAUCAACAGAGACAGCCCGUAUGGACUGAAUAUCGAUAUGAGCGCUGAUGGAGGUGAUGACGACGACGACGAUAGCGAGGGUGGGGGUGUCGGGAUUUUGCAUCAGAACUUGACUUCUGCAAGCAGUGCACUUCAAGGUUUGUUGAGGAAGCUAGGUGCAGGGUUGGAUGAUCUGCUUCCUUCAUCAGCAAUGGCGUCAGCCUCUUCAUCUCAUCAGAGCGGUCGUCUAAAGAAGAUCCUUUCCGGUUUGCGUGCUGAUGGGGAAGAAGGAAAGCAAGUUGAGGCAUUAACACAGCUAUGUGACAUGCUUGCUAUUGGAACUGAGGAUUCACUCAGUACCUUCUCAGUCGAUUCCUUUGUGCCUGUGCUUGUUGGGUUGCUUAAUCAUGAGAGCAAUCCCGAUAUUAUGUUGCUUGCAGCAAGGGCACUCACACAUCUGUGUGAUGUUCUGCCGUCUUCAUGUGCUGCUGUGGUGCACUAUGGUGCUGUUUCUUGCUUCGUUGCUAGGUUGCUUACCAUUGAGUACAUGGACCUGGCUGAACAAUCCUUGCAAGCUCUUAAGAAGAUAUCUCAGGAACACCCAACUGCCUGCUUGCGAGCAGGGGCUCUAAUGGCAGUGCUCUCUUAUCUUGACUUCUUCUCAACAGGAGUCCAGCGUGUGGCAUUAUCCACUGCUGCAAACAUGUGCAAAAAACUCCCAUCUGAUGCAGCUGAUUUUGUCACGGAAGCAGUUCCCUUAUUGACAAAUCUUCUUCAGUACCAUGAUGCCAAGGUUUUGGAGCAUGCUUCAGUUUGUUUGACUAGAAUUGCAGAGGCGUUUGCAUCAUCUCCUGAUCAGCUGGACGAGCUUUGUGCCCAUGGAUUGGUUAAACAAGCAGCCUCUCUCAUCUCAACCAGUUGUUCUGGAGGUGGACAAGCAUCCCUCAGUACAUCCACAUACACGGGCUUAAUUCGAUUGCUAUCUACAUGUGCAAGUGGCUCUCCUUUAGGAUCCAAAACUUUGCUCCUUAUGGGAAUCAGUGGGAUUCUCAAAGAUAUUUUAUCAGGCUCUGGUCUUGUUGCAACAAUGUCUGUGUCACCUGCCUUGAGUAGACCACCAGAGCAGAUUUUUGAGAUUGUGAAUUUGGCAAAUGAGCUUCUUCCUCCAUUACCCAAUGGAACCAUAACUCUUCCUGCCAGCAGCAAUCUAUAUGUAAAAGGGUCUCUUUUGAAGAAGUCAACUGCUGGAAGUUCUAGCAAGCAAGAAGAAACAAGUGGAGGUGCACCUGAGAUUUCAGCUCGGGAGAAGCUGUUAACUGAGCAGCCUGAGCUUUUGCAGCAAUUUGGAAUGGACCUUCUUCCUAUUCUGAUUCAGAUGUAUGGCUCAAGUGUAAAUCAACCUGUGCGUCACAAGUGUCUAUCAGUUAUUGGGAAGUUGAUGUACUUCAGCACUGCUGAUAUGAUUCAAUCUCUACUUGGUGUCACCAACAUAUCAAGUUUCUUGGCUGGGGUUUUGGCAUGGAAGGAUCCACAAGUCUUGGUACCUUCACUUCAAAUAGCAGAGAUCCUAAUGGAAAAACUUCCAGAAACUUUCAGCAAAAUGUUUGUAAGAGAAGGUGUUGUUCAUGCAAUCGACACACUUGCAGGAUCUGGAUCAGGAUCAUCUGAUCCAAAUCCAUCUGAAGAUCCCCAAAACAUGGAACCAGGCCCCACAGUUGACCUUCCAACAGUCAACUCCACUCUCCGUAUAACAGUCAGCACAACUGCAAAAGCAUUCAAAGACAAGUACUUUCCUUCCGACCCCGGAGCCACAGAAGUCGGAGUCACAGACGAUCUUUUACAUCUAAAAAACCUCUGCAAGAAGUUAGGCUCUCCAAUCGAUGACCACAAGUCAAAAUCAAAAGGAAAGUCAAAAGCUUCUGGAAACCACUUCUUUGACUUUUCAUCUGGAAAAGAAGAAAAUUUAUUACAAGUGAUCACCGAGAUGUUAACCGAACUCAACGGGGUUUCCACAUUCGAAUUCAUCGGUAGUGGGGUUGUAUCCGCUUUAUUAAACUACUUCUCUUGUGGACAUUUCUCAAAAGAAAGAGUCUCAGAAGCCAAUUUACCUAAACUUAGACACCUGGCUAUUAAAAGAUACACAUCUUUCAUAGAAGUUGCACUUCCUGCAAGUGUAGACGACCCAAAGCGGGCCCCAAUGAGUGUUCUUGUUCAAAAGCUACAACACGCGUUGACCUCUUUAGAACGUUUUGCAGUUGUGUUAAGUCAUAGUUCAAGGUCAAAUUCCGGAAAUGCCCGUCUGUCAUCUGGUUUAGGUGCUUUGUCUCAACCCUUUAAGCUUCGGCUUUGUAGGGCACAUGGGGAAAAAGGUCUUCGGGAUUAUUCUUCAAAUGUUGUUUUGAUUGACCCGUUGGCGAGUUUGGCUGCUGUGGAGGAUUUUCUUUGGCCACGUGUGCGACGGAGUGAGUCUAGUCAGAAGGUGUAUGUUGGGAACUCGGAGUCUGGGACGACACCUGGCGGGGCUGCGGGUGCUUCGUCACCAUCGACUCCGGUGUCUGCGACACGUCAGCAGUCUAAUAGGUCUAGGGGUUCGAUUAGUAUAGGGGAUAAUAAUAAUAAUAAUAAUUCCGGGAAAAAAGAGACCCCACAAGAGAAAAAUGCAAGUUCUUCAAAGGGGAAAGGAAAGGCUGUGGUGAAGUCUGGUCAAGAUGAUGGGAGAGGACCUCAGACUAGAAAUGCUGCAAGGAGAAGAGCUGCUUUGGAUAAAGAUGCAAAUAUGAAAUCUGUAGAUGGGGAGUCUACUUCUGAGGAUGAGGACUUUGAUAUAUCACCUGUUGAGAUCGAUGAUGCAUUGGUGAUUGAAGAAGACGAUAUUUCUGAGGAUGAAGAUGAAGAUCCUGAUGAUGUGUUAGGUGAAGAUCUUCCUGUUUGCAUGGCAGAUAAAGUCCACGAUGUUAAAUUACCCGAAUCCAGUGAAGAAAGACCCGUUGACACCCAGACAAAUCCCAAUCCCGCUUCCGGUUCUAGCAGCCGAGGAACCGGAAUUCGUGGUUCCGAUUCCGCCGAUUUCAGAACCUCAAAUUCCAUGGGUUCAAGGGGUACAAUGUCAUUUGCUGCUGCUGCCAUGGCUGGACUUGCAUCAGCAAACGGGCGGGGCACCCGGGGCGGUCGGGACCGCCACGGGCGACCCGUUUUGGGCUCCAACGAUCCGCCCCGGUUGGUAUUCUCUUCAAAUGGAAAGCCACUCAACCGGCAUUUAACCAUCUAUCAAGCUAUUCAAAGACAACUUGUUCUUGAUGAAGAUGAUGAUGAGAGAUACAACGGGAGUGAUUUUGUAUCUAGUGAUGGAAGCAGAUUAUGGGGAGAUAUUUACACAGUUACAUACCAACGAGCCGAUAACCAAACCGUGGGGUCCACAACCCCAUCUAAAUCCCCCAAAACCGGUUCCACCUCAAACUCCAAUGAUCCACGAACACACCAAAUGUCACUUUUAGACACCCUUUUACAAGGAGAGCUUCCUUGUGAUUUGGAAAGAAACAAUCCAACUUACAAUAUCCUAUCUUUGCUACGUGUAUUAGACGGAUUAAACCAGCUGGCGCCACGUCUGCGUGUCCAGUCAGCAACCGAUGGUUUCGCGGAAGGAAAAAUCUCGAGCCUUGACGAUCUAAAUGUUACGGGAAUCCGGGUCCCAUCAGACGAGUUCAUAAACGGGAAAUUGACUCCAAAACUUUCUAGACAAAUUCAAGAUGCCCUUGCACUUUGCAGUGGUAGUGUUCCUUCAUGGUGUUAUCAGUUAACAAAAGCCUGCCCGUUUUUGUUUCCUUUAGAAGUCAGGCGUCAGUAUUUCUACUCAACUGCUUUUGGUUUAUCUCGUGCAUUAAAUCGGCUUCAAAAUCAACAAGGAGCAGAUGGACAAGGGUCGAUGAAUGAGCGGGAAUUUAGGGUUGGGAGAUUACAACGCCAAAAAGUCCGUGUUUCUAGGAAUCGGAUUCUUGAUUCUGCUGCUAAAGUUAUGGAGAUGUAUUCGAGUCAAAAAGCGGUUCUUGAAGUGGAGUAUUUUGGUGAAGUUGGAACUGGGCUUGGGCCCACUUUGGAGUUUUACACUCUGUUAAGUCAUGAUCUUCAGAAAACGGGGUUGAACAUGUGGAGGUGUAAUUCUCAGAGUGUUGACACGUCACCGGAUGUUGACCCUGAUGAGAAGAAAGUUGACCUUAUUUUAGCACCUCUAGGGUUGUUCCCACGUCCUUGGGCUCUUACUGUUGAUGCUUCUGAUGGGGGGCAGUUUGGGAAAGUGAUAGAACAUUUCCGGCUUCUUGGUCGUGUCAUGGCUAAAGCACUUCAAGAUGGGAGGCUUUUGGAUCUGCCACUUUCAGCUGCUUUUUAUAAGCUUGUGCUUGGACAGGAACUUGAUUUGCAUGAUAUUUCACUAUUUGAUGCUGAAUUAGGCAAGACAUUGCAAGAAUUGCAAGCUCUUGUUUCCAGGAAACAGUAUCUGGAGUCUAUACAUGACAGAAACGAGAUACUCAACUUAAGGUUUAGGGGUGCUCCAGUUGAAGAUCUUUGCUUGGACUUCACACUUCCUGGAUACCCUGAUUUUGUUCUCAAAACAGGCGAUGUUAAUGUUGAUUUAAAUAAUUUGGAGGAGUACAUUUCUUUGGUGGUUGAUGCUACUGUGAAGACUGGUAUCACAAGGCAAUUGGAAGCAUUUAGAGCUGGGUUUAAUCAGGUUUUUGAUGUUUCAAGUUUACAAAUAUUUUCUCCAAGUGAGUUGGAUUAUUUACUUUGUGGGCGAAGAGAAAUGUGGGAGGCUGAUACACUUGUGGAACACAUUAAAUUCGACCAUGGAUAUACUUCCAAGAGCCCUGUAGUAAUUAAUCUGCUUGAGAUAAUGGGAGAGUUCAAUCCAGAACAGCAAAGGGCAUUCUGUCAGUUUGUUACUGGUGCACCUCGGCUUCCUCCAGGUGGCUUGGCUGUCUUGAACCCUAAGUUGACCAUUGUCAGAAAGCACUCUUCGAGCUCCAACAACACGACAUCAAAUGCUGCGGGUGGAGUGUCGGAAUCUGCAGAUGAUGAUUUGCCAAGUGUCAUGACAUGUGCCAACUACCUCAAGCUUCCUCCCUAUUCCACCAAGGAGAUCAUGUACAAGAAACUAGUAAAAAGAUCAUCAAUCAAUCAAAUCUUUGAAAUCAUUUCUUUUGUUAACUGGUGCAUAAUUAUUGGGGGGCUACUACUCUACUCAAUAAACAUUUCUUUCGGUGGAGGCAUAAUACUUAAGAUCAGUUGAAUGUGCGGAAAUGAUUGGUGAAAGGUGGAGAGAAAGAAGGAAGUUGAAGUUGAAUUUUCUGGAUGUUUUAAUGUUUUAAUUAUUACAAGGCUUUUGUAAAUAAAUAGUGGAAUGUCAUAAAACUUCUGCUGCCUGCUCUGCUUACAACUUUGUUCUCACAUUUUCAUUUUGCAUACAUUUUCUAAUCUCUGCUUUAUUUACUUGGAACUUUUUUCCCUAUACAUGAAAUAGCUGAUGCAACUU